CCCUGCACAGACCUCACGCCUUGGUCCCAGAGCCAGGCCCACCCCCACACCUGCCUCUGACUGGGAGGUGAGCACGCCUCUGGGUCACCCUCCCGACCAUGUUUUCCCUCACUCCAGGCUUGGUGGCUGUCAUCUGUGCCUUCAUCCUGUGGAUCUUUGAUCGAAAGAGGAGGGAGCCUCAGGCCAGGGCUGAAGCUCACCCCAGGGUGGAGGAAGACUUGAAGGACAGUACUGACCUCCAGCAGGUGGAAGAAGAUGCCGAUGACUUGGAGGAGUCUGAGGAGAGUGUGGAACACAUCCCAUUCCUCCACACCCGGUAUUCUGAGAAGGAAAUGGUUAAGAGGUCCCAAGAAUUUUAUGAACUUCUCAAUAAGAGACGUUCGAUCAGGUUCAUAAGCAAUGAGCAAGUCCCUAUGGAAGUCAUUGACAACGUCAUCAAAACUGCAGGAACAGCCCCAAGUGGGGCCCACACAGAGCCCUGGACCUUUGUGGUGGUGAAGGACCCAGCUGUGAAACACCAGAUCCGGGAGGUCAUCGAGGAAGAGGAGGAAAUAAACUACAUGAAAAGAAUGGGGCACCGAUGGGUGGCAGACCUUAGGAAGCUGAGAACCAACUGGAUUAAAGAUUACUUGGACACUGCCCCUGUUCUGAUUCUCAUUUUCAAACAAGUACACGGCUUUACUGCAAAUGGCAAGAAAAAGGUGCACUACUACAAUGAGAUCAGCGUUUCCAUCGCCUGUGGCAUCCUGCUAGCUGCCCUGCAGAAUGCAGGACUGGUGACCGUCACCACCACUCCUCUCAACUGUGGGCCUCGUCUGAGGAUGCUCCUGGGCCGCCCCACCCAUGAAAAGCUGCUGAUGCUGCUCCCUGUGGGGUACCCCAGCAAAGAGGCCACAGUGCCCCACUUCACACGGAAGCCCCUGGAUCAGAUCAUGGUGACUGUGUAGGAAGGAGCCUCUCAAGACGCCCAUGGAUGCCACCUCGCUCCUCCCUCUGGCUCUCUCCUGCCCCUCUGGGACCUCCUGGCUGCCGUUUCUUGGGUGUCAGGUGUCCUGAGUGCACCAUUUCACAGGGUGGCUACUCUGGUGUCAAGAGAGCUUCCCAAGCCGUCCAGCACUCCGGGCCAGAUAAGUCUCAUUUCUGGUGGACUGUGUGAGUGGGGAACAAAGAGAACAAAAGAUCCUUGGCUAUGCGCUUCUGUUUCUCAUCCACUUUGCAAACAUAUGAACAUUUUAUCAAGAACUUGCCUUGGGAUACAUUUUUAAAAUCACUCUGGAGGCUCAAUAGGCUAAUCCUCCGCCUUGCGGCGCCGGCACACCGGGUUCUAGUCCUGGUCGGGGCACCGAUCCUGUCCCGGUUGCCCCUCUUCCAGGCCAGCUCUCUGCUGUGGCCAGGGAGUGCAGUGGAGGAUGGCCCAAGUGCUUGGGCCCUGCACCCCAUGGGAGACCAGGAGAAGCACCUGGCUCCUGCCUUUGGAUCAGUGCUGUGCGCUGGCCGAGGUGGCCAUUGGAGGGUGAACCAACGGCAAAGAAAGACCUUUCUCUCUGUCUCUCUCUCUCUCACUGUCCACUCUGCCUGUCAAAAAAAAAAAUCAGUCUGGAAAAGCCCUGGUGAUGUUGCUGUUACUUCUUAAACAACUCAUAUGGAGUCACAUCUCAAUAUUAUCUUCGUGAGUCAUGUCCAUGAGCCAAAGGUGGCAGUGGGUUGUAGGGGUCAAGCACAAGAGCAGCCUAGGUUCCCAUUCCUGCUCUGCCAAGCUUUUUGGGAGGGGUGGAAUCCUAAUUUCUAUGGUGACCUUAGGUGGAAGUAUAAAAUGGGGUUAACCAUACUUCCUCCCUUCAGUUGCUCUAAAAAGUUAUCAGAAACUUGGAGACCUGAGGCUUGUGAACAAUAGAAAGAGUGGGCUGCAGACUGCUGGCCUCUCACUGCAUCCCCACAGGUGGCAAGAGGGUCAGAGGAGUCGCUGGCAUGUCUCCGUGAGGGCACCAGUCCCCUGCGCGAAAGCUCUGUUCUCGGGACCUAGUCACCUCCCCACAGCCUCACCUCCCGACACUGUCACACUGGGGUUGGGAAAUUUCGACAUGAAAUUUGAGAGCACCCAUUUAGGCCACUGUGCUCCCCUUGUGGAGUUCCUAUCCCACUUGGUACACAGCUGACAAUAAGGUGACGAUGGUGGUUGCUGUUGGCACCACUGCCGUUGUGGGACAGCCCUGCUUUGGGAUCCAGGUGUGAGCAAAGGGACCGAGGUGGGCGAGAGGCUCCCCCCCCUCCCCCGCAGAAGCCUGGUGGUGGCAGAGAGACACUGCCAUUGGGAACCUGAAAUCUUGUUUUUCCUCUGUGCUGUUAGAUUAUUUGUAUCUGUUUGCAGGCAUGUUUAAAAUUUUCAUUAAAAAAAAAAUUGGAGGGACCAGUGUUGUGGUGCAGUGGGUUAAGCUGUCACCUUGAACACCAGCAUCCCAUACAGAGCAGUGGUUCCUGGCUGCUCUGCUUCUGAGCCAGCUCCCUGCUAAUAAGCUUGGGAAAACAGAGGAAGGUGGCCCAAGUAUGUGGUCCCUGCACCCGCGUGGGAGACCCAGAAGGAGCUUCAGGCUCCUGGUUUCAACCUUGCCCAGCUCCAGCCAUUAUGGCCAUUUGGAGAGGGAACAAGUGGAUGGAAGACCUCUCUCUCUCUCUCUCUCUCUCUCUCUCAUUGUCUCUCCCACUCUCUG